AUGAGUGACAAGGGGAACACAAAUGAUACUCAAAGGACACCCUUGCUGCCAGUGUCUAGCAAAUCACAACCACAGUUGACUUCAUAUAGUGCAUUAAACAACGCAGAAGCAAAAAAUCUGAACCUGCAACCGCAACCACAAUUGCAACUGCAACAAAGUAACCAAAUUCCCGACUUCCUAGCCUCCAAAGCCCUUGGUAAGGAGCUAGAUGUUGAAACUGUUAGAGACAAGUUGGAAGAAGAAACCAACAUUUACACCAAGGGAGUUAAAGAUACUGAUGUUGAUUGGUUUCUUAGAGAUGCAUCCAUGGACCCCACUAUCCCAUUGCCCAAACAUAUCUCGAGCACCACUGACGAUGAUGCGAACAAAGACCGACAAAAUGAGAACUCUCGCAACAAGGAGUCAGCACCAGCAUCAUCUGCUGCACAACCACCACUGACUCCUACUCGCUCAGUUAAUUCACACUUGAAUACAGAUAUCUCCAACUCCAACGAUGCGAUUGUUUCCAAAACUAAGCCAUCAGUCUCACCUGUUCAUGAAGAGAACAUUCAUACAAGAUAUACACCUCAAACACCGACGCAUGGUGAUAACAACUCGUCUAUAAAGACGAGAAGGAGGAGCAGUACCGGUGGAAGCUCAGGUGGAUUCUUUUCCAAACUUAAGGGAAAAUUUUCUAAAGAAAGUAAUGAACCUGCGCCUGUAUCAACUAGUUCAUCAUCCAAAGACCAUAUAUUCAAAGCUGAUUACAAUAUGACAAAACCAAAAACUACAAAACCAGUUUAUGACUCUACAAUGAGCUCUAAAAACAUGUCUUCGAAAGGUGUUACCCAAUCAGUAUCAAGCUACGAGCCAUCAAAAUUGGAACGAACAAAGACUGCACCGCUUCCGUCCGCUUCGUCAUCACACCCGGAUCCAAGACUCGAAGAAUAUAUCAAAUUUUACAAGCAAAGAGAUAUUCGAAGGGGCUCUACUGCUUCGAGUGCCUCGAAUUGCAGCGAUACAUCUUCUAAACCUAGUGUAUUGGUAAAUGGAUACGAUAAUUCAAGUUAUGGUGAAAAGCAUGGUGGGAUUUCUAAUGCGCAAAAUGAGUCGACCUCUUCUCGACUUUCCCACUUUUUGAGGCGAAAGAGUUCUGUCAAAGGUGAACCAGGUUACUCUUACUCAAGUACACCUGUUCCUGCUGGAGUAGCAGCAGCGUCUUCGUCGUCUUUGCUGACAAGUCCUCCACCAUCUGAAAGUGAUCUUGAGUUGAAUCCUGCUUUCAAGGGACUAAAGCCAUUGAAAAGAGUAGCAUUCCACUCGUCAACUUUUUUGAUUGACCCACCACAACAAAUUCCCUCACGUACACCUCGUAAGGGAAAUGUUGACAUACUUCCAAACGGACAGGUGAGGAUAAACCCAUUGACUGAAGAGGAUAAAGAGGCUAUCGAAAAGUCACAAAUGGGAUUGGGUGGUGGCAUUGUUGUUGGAGGUACGGGGGCUUUGGGCUAUAUACCCAAGGAUGCUCCAAAAGAUGCCGAGAAUAGCAAUGAUGAAGAGAAUGCAGAUGGUGGAGGUGAUGAUGAUGAUGCAGAUAAAGAGUCACAGGGGGCAUCAUCUCAAGAUGAAGAUGAACCAGCAAUUGACCAAAAUGCUAAAAAGAUUGCCAUUGACAAAUUUAUGGUUCACCAUCAACCAAUGAAUUAUACUGUACCAGUGAAGAAAAUGGCACUCGACACAAUGUAUUCUCGUUGCUGCCAUCUACGUGAAAUAUUGCCAAUUCCAGCAAUAUUGAAACAAAUUCCAGAGGGGUCAUUGGCACCCCUUCCAGUUUUGCAGCUUCGAAACCCUCACCCAACUAUGAUUGAAGUGCAAACUUUUGCCGAUUUUGUAAGAAUUGCGCCAAUAGUUUGUGUUUCAUUAGAUGGAGUCAACUUAUCAGUUGAGCAAUUCAAGAUUCUUUUGUCGGCAAUGAGUGCAAAGAAGCAAUUGGAAAAGUUAAGCUUGAGAAACACACCCAUCAAUCAAGAAGGAUGGUCACUAUUUUGUUGGUUUUUGUCAAGAAAUACCGUGUUGAAUAAGUUGGAUAUAACACAAUGCCCAGCUUUGGCUGUCAAUGUCUUGAAAAAGAAGAAGAAAAAGUCAGCAGACUCGAAAAAAUAUGAGGAGGACUUGGAAAGAAUGACGUGCAAUAAGGACAACCGAUCCGACGUGGACUGGUCAUUGUUUGUUGCUACAUUGGUAGCCAGGGGUGGUAUUGAGGAGUUGAUUAUGACGGGAUGUUGCAUAACCAAUGUUGAGAUUUUUGAGAAUUUGAUGGAAUUGGCAGUGCUGAAGAAAACUUCAAGGUUGGGGUUAGCAUUCAACAACUUAACACCACGACACAUGAGCGUUAUCGUUAACACUUGGUUAUUUGGUGAUUUUGCGAGAGGUCUAGACUUGGGUUACAAUGACUUUUCCAGUACCAAGGUUUUGAAAAUCUUUUUGGAUUUUACUAAACAACCAGAUUACGAGAAAAUUAUUCUGAAUGCAACCCUAUCAUUUUUAAGUUUGAACUCAACCAAUUCGGUGUUUAAUGAUGCAUUCAAGGAAGUAUUUGAAGGUAUAUUGAUGAAGCUUCCAAAUUUAAAGUAUCUUGACUUUUCAAAUAACCAAAGAUUAUUUGGCACCAUGUCUAACACACAAGAUUCAUACACAACUAAUCUCAACGCAAAUGAGAAUGCAACAGUUGCUUAUUUCACUUCGAAAUUGCCACUUUUUCCAAAGUUGACAAGGUUGCAUUUGGAAAAUGAAAACUUUAGUCAAUCCUCGAUUCUCCAAAUUGCAAAUAUUCUACCAUUUUGCAAGAAUAUGGGAUACUUUUCAAUCCUCGGAAAUUACGUGGACUCCACGUCAGCAUCAGCAUUGGUAAAUGCGACAAAGAAUUCCAAGACCUUGAUAAACUUGGACUGCAAUUCAGACGAGUUUCCUGAGUUGUUUAAAGAGCGUAUUGGGUUGUACACCAUGAGAAAUAUGGAGAGGUUGUUGUAUGAUUCAAAACGCGAGACUCUGUCAUCGACGGCAGAACUGCCAUUGAAGGAAGUCAUGACGCAACCUGAGCCGUUAACUGAACAAUUGAAUCAUAUUUUGGAAUUGAAAGCUCAAAAGAAGUUGGAUUUGUCGUCACCGGAAGUUUCCAAACUUUUCAAGCGAGCGGAACAAAUUAGAAAGAGUUUGAAAGAGUCUAUCGAAGAGUUGCUCCACAUGCAGUUGAACAACACGCUAGAUAUUGAUGGUAAGGAAACACUUAUUCGUCUCAUUUAUAUCGAUUCAAGCAUAGAAAAAGGGUUGCAAUUAAUUGAUCCGAGUUUCACGGAUGAUUCUGGAACUAGAGCCAACAUGUACCUCGUCAAGGUGGGAGAAGGACAAAACCUGGUAGCUAACCGUUCAGAACUUCAUGAUCAUGGUGACAAAGAUGCGGCAACUGAGAUUCACUUGAAACCCAGCCAAGCAGUUCCGGCUAGCAAAUCCCCAUUAGUGUCUCGGUCUAACUCAAAAACCAAUUUGGCUAAUUUGGAUAAACAGGAGGGGUCGGUAUUAAAAUUAUCGAGAUUAAAUGAUUACCACAAAUUAGAGCCAAGCAAUUUGGAUAUGUCAGGCGAUGAGGUGAGAAAGAAGUUGAUGAAUGUGAACCUUUCUGAUUUGGAUAAGGUUAUUGGCUAUUUGGAUGACUUGAGAAAAAAGGGUAUCUCGUUGGAAAAUGUGUUUAAGCACAAAGCAAAUGAAGGGGACUCCAACGAACAAGAGAUGAGUUUUGAGGAGUUACAUCUGAAAUUGCAGAAACUCUCAAAAGAAUCCACUGAUGAGCAAGAUGUUUCCUCGACUACCAAAGACGUUUGCGAUGAGCUGGACGAAACAGAAGGCAAGGAUUCAAUUCUAAGCAAGACGUAUGAUAAAGUCUUGAACAAUUUGACAAACUGA